AUGGUUAUCAAAUCUCCAUACACCUCCGUACCUGAGCCCACACUCCCUUUCCAUGAAAUUGUCCUCGAAAGAGUGAGAAGACAUGCUUUAGAAGGCAAAAACAAAAUCGCUUUCAUUGAUGGUCAUAACUCGCGAGAUCAACUCACUUAUAAGCAACUCUAUGAAUAUUCUCUUUCUUUGGCUACUUUUCUGCGUCAGCAAGGAUUCGAAAAAGACGUAUGCUGCUUUGUUCUACCAAAUAUGUGGCAAUAUGCCGUCGGCUUCCUCGGAGUAACCAGGGCCGGUGGUGUUGUUUCUGGGGCUAGUGCUCUAUUUACCGAUCAUGAGCUUCAACGUCAAUUUGUAGACUCUAGAGCCAAAGCAGUGUUCACCACCGAAGCUUUGCUUCCCAAAGUUCUUAAAGCAGUUAAGGAGAGUCCAAACGUUAAGACAAUCAUUGUUGUACCCAAGCCCAAAGACUCAAGUUUGCCCUCUGAGGUUUUCAACUUCAAUGAUAUCAUCAAGAAGCCGGCUGAUCCUAAUCUCCCAAAGUCGAAGAUUGACAUCAAAAAAGAUUUAGUUAUGCUUCCUUACUCUAGCGGUACCACCGGACCUCCAAAAGGAGUGAUGCUCACUCAUCUCAAUUAUUCAAUGAUGCUCAACAUUUAUACUUCCCACGACGCUAAGUACAACACACCAAUUUUGGAUUCCAACUGGGACUAUGAAAGAGAAACUUUCAUUCUUCUUCUUCCAUUUUAUCAUGUCUACGGAUUUGGUCUCUUGACUGUAAAUUUACUUAUGGGAAGUUGUGGAAUCAUCUUCAGUCAUUUCGACCCAGUAUCUUUCUGUACUGCAAUUCAAGACCACAGAGUUCGCAUGCUCCCAUUAGUGCCACCCAUUAUGGUAUUCUUGGCCAAAAGCCCAUUAUGCAACAAUUAUGACUUAUCAUCCGUGGAGUUUGUGAUUUGUGGUGCAGCACCAGCUGGAAGAGAUCUUUGUGAAGAGCUUUCCGCUAAAUACAAGAACAUAAAAUAUAUUCAACAAGGCUAUGGAAUGACAGAAAGCUCCAUGGCUUCUCAUAUACCUGAUCUGAAAGGCGGACAACCCUUCGGUAGUGUCGGAAAAUUAGCUUCAAAUCUGGAGAUGAAGAUCACAAAUGUGGAAUCUGGAAAAGAAGUGAAGUUAGGAGAGAGGGGAGAAAUUUGUAUACGAGGACCUACUGUGAUGGCUGGUUACCUAGGACGCCCUGAUGCUACCAAGAGUACUGUUAUUGACAAUUGGCUUCACACAGGUGAUAUUGGCUACGUUGAUAACGAUGGUAAUCUCUUCAUCGUUGAUAGACUGAAAGAACUGAUUAAAGUGAAAGGCCUCCAAGUUGCUCCAGCAGAGUUGGAAGAUCUUCUUUUGUCCCAUCCAAGAAUUCGUGAUGCCGCUGUAAUCGGCGUGCCUGAUGCUAAAGCUGGAGAACUCCCAAGAGCUUACGUUGUAAGAGCUGAUGAUAAACUAACACAAGAUGAAGUGAAAGAAUUCGUUAAAAGUAAAGUGUCUCAUUAUAAACAGCUGGCUGGAGGAGUAGAGUUCCUUGACGAAAUUCCAAAGUCAGCAGCUGGAAAGAUUUUGCGCCGAUUGCUCAAAGAUAAGGCCGUAAAAUCAAAAUUGUAA